AUGGCUCAGGGAGCAGUUGUGAAGCAAGGAUUUACAUUGAUAAAGCAAGUUGCUGGGCAGGCAGCUCAUUUGUAUGGUCAAGUGGUACAUACAAUGAAGACUAAUGUAAUCUUACGACCGAUGUACAAGUGGUGGGAAGGAAGAUUUUGGCUUAAAGAACAAUCGUGUUAUUUAAACCGUGGUCGUGCAAGGUUGUACACGUAUCUGUUGUUAUUCUUGUUUAUUCGAUCGCGAAGCGCAAAAAAUAAAGCUGAAGCUGAAGCGCUGAAAGUGCAGAGCAAGGAGCAAAUCAUUGCGACAGCUUUACGGAUUAGCGCACAAUCUUAA